GCUUUCUUUCUGUCUUUUCUUUGCUUUUAUUUAUAUUUGAAUGUAAAAAUAAAUGAAUAAAUGAUUUGUUUUGUGCAAAUGUCACUUGCUACCUCCCGUGGCAUUUUCAAAAUCUCCUUUUAUUCCAGCUAAAUUUUAUGAAUUUGUACCUUUUAUUAUAUUUGCUUCAUUGUGAGGUAACCUAUCUUUUUCUAAAUUAAACCUUAGGGUCUAGUUUGUGAUAGGUCCUGAGAGUCAGUCUAAAUGCUAAACCAUUAACUAAGAGGCACACAUAUAGACACAUAACACACACCUAGAAAGGCAUCACAGAAUAGCUGUGAUACCACAAUCUACCAAGCUGUUCCCAUGGCAACUCCUCAAUAGUUUCAAACACUUCCUCCACUGCUGUCAUAACUGUGGCAAAGUGGGAUGGCCUUGCAAAGGAAUCCCAUCAACAUCUUACUUUCUGGGGCAGGCAAUCAGUCUUGGGGACUCCUGGAAGAACCAUCAGAAUAAACUAAUGUGACACUCAGGAGGGAACCUCUACUAACAAGAAGACAGGAAGUGAACCAAGCCACCCUGAAACGUGGGGUCAUGUUGAAGAAGUAGCAGGCCAAGCCAAACUUGAGAAGAAAAUGGGUACCAUAAGUGAAAAACAGAUGACUUUUUCUUUGACUAAUACUGAAUCUUUAGAAGAAAACAGUCCUGUACCAAUAUCAGCCAACAUCUUUGCCCCAAAACUACUUCUAAAUAAUGACUUUGAUGAACCUCAACCCUCUUCUUCAGGCCUGCACAUAAAACCCACAUCUAGUUACAAGUCAAAAGAUAGAAGAAAGCCUUCUUUUCCCUGGAAAGUCCUUCUGCCAAACCGCGGUAUCUCCAAAAUCAUUUUCCAAGUGGUGGCUUCCACUGAGAAACGCAGUGGUGUCUCCCUGCAAGCCCUCAAGAAGAGUGUUGCAACCAGUGGCUACAGCCUGGAGAAGCGGAAGAACCAUUUCAAGAGAGUCUUGAGGGCCUUGGUGGCCAAAGGAUUGCUGAGGAAGUUGACUGGGCUCGGACUGACAGGCUCCUAUGGGAUUAGCAAAAUAAUGAUGAAAGUACUGAAAAGAAAAAAGAGGAAAAGGAGAAGGAAGAAGAAAAAGGCAAUAGCUGUCCUUAAGAAAAAGAAAGUUGUGAAGCAAAGGAAGAGGAAGAGGAAGAGGAAGAGGAGAAGGUCAAGAAAAAUGAAGAAGCAGUCUGUUCCAUCCAAUUCUUCUAGUAAAAAGUCAGUGAUGACAUGAGGUUUCCAUAGCUGAAGCUGUGUGUAAGGAAAAAGAAAAUAAAGUGCCAUAAUUCAA